AUGGAAAACCUCUCCGACGUCCACCUCACAGACUUCAUCCCCUCAAUCUACACCACCCCCUGCACCCUGCGCUACACCCAAAACGGCAAACCCCUCGAACGUGGCAUUUUCGCGGAGCGCAACGGGGUCCUAAUCAUAGUUUACAACAAAACGCAAAACGCGCUCACUCUCGUGCGCCAGUUCAGGCCCUCGGUCUACCUGAGCCGCAUUCCGCAGGGGGACCGCGUCGGCACGAUCGACACGGGGAAGUACCCGGCCAGUCUGGGCAUAACUUUGGAGUUUUGCGCCGGUUUGGAGGACAAAACCGCCCCAACGGAGCAAAUCGCCCGCGAGGAGAUCCUAGAGGAGUGCGGGUACGACGUCCCGCUCGAAAAACUGGAAAAAAUCGCGACUUUCAAAAACCUGACCGAGACCACGGGGGCCCGCAGCACCAUGUACUACUGCGAGGUCACGGACGACAUGAGGGUGGCCCAAGGGGGCGGCGUCGAUGACGAGAUUAUCGACGUGGUUGAAAUGCCCGUGGAGGAGGUCCUGGAGUAUGCCCAGCAAGGUUAUGUCAACAGCCCCAUGAACUUCAUGUUCGGGCUACAGUGGUUCCUGUACCACAAAUACAAAAGGCUAGGCCCAGUUUAAACUCUUGACACAGAUCUUGAUACAAGAAAGUGGUUUAUUUAUUGAUAAAUACAGUAAAAAAUAAUCAAAAUAAACAUGAGUCAUCUA